AUGUAUAAAGUUGCUAGCCCGUCAGAGUAUUUGGUGAUAACCGGAAUUGGCAUUACAGACAUAAAGCUAGCCAAAAAGGGAUGGAUUCUCCCCGGCCAAUCGUGUACUGUCUUCGACGUUUCACCGGUCAACUACACAUUCGAAGUGCAAGCUAUGAGUGCAGAGAAACUCCCUUUUGUCCUUCCUGCUGUCUUCACCAUUGGCCCUCGUGUGGAUGAUGAGCUGAGCCUUCUCAGAUACGCGAAGCUCAUAUCUCCACACGACAAACUCUCUAACCAUGUUAAAGAGCUUGUCCAGGGUAUUAUUGAAGGUGAAACUAGAGUCCUUGCUGCUUCCAUGACCAUGGAAGAGAUUUUCAGAGGAACUAAAGAUUUUAAACAAGAAGUUUUUGAGAAAGUUCAGCUUGAACUUAAUCAGUUUGGACUGUUAAUAUAUAAUGCUAAUGUUAAACAGCUUGUCGAUGUUCCUGGGCAUGAAUAUUUCUCUUACUUGGGUCAAAAGACUCAAAUGGAGGCUGCAAAUCAAGCUAAAGUUGACGUGGCAGAGGCGAAAAUGAAGGGAGAGGUAGGAUCAAAGCAGAGGGAGGGUCAGACACUACAAAAUGCGGCAAAAAUCGAUGCGGAAACGAAGAUAAUAUCGACACAGAGGCAAGGAGUUGGGAAAAAGGAGGAGGUUAAGGUGAAGACUGAGGUUAAGAUUUAUGAGAACCAUAGAGAAGCAGAGGUGGCGGAGGCCAAUGCUGAUUUGGCAAAGAAGAAGGCCGGGUGGUCCAAAGAGGCGCAGGUGGCAGAGGUGGAAGCAGCGAAGGCUGUGUCACUGAGAGAGGCUGAAUUGCAGACGGAGGUAGAGAGAAUGAAUGCUUUGACUAGGACUGAGAAGCUCAAGGCUGAGUUUCUGAGCAAGGCUAGCGUGGAGUAUGAGACCAAGGUUCAAGAAGCAAAUUGGGAGCUGUAUAGGAAACAGAAAGCAGCAGAAGCAAUUCUCUACGAAAAGGAGAAGGAGGCUGAUGCACAGAAAGCAUUAGCAAAUGCAGCUUUUUACUCCCGGCAACAAGUUGCUGAUGGAGAACUAUACGCAAAGCAAAAGGAAGCUGAAGGACUCGUAGCCCUUGCACAAGCACAAGGAGUCUAUCUUCGCACCCUUCUAGACGCAUUAGGCGGCAAUUAUGCAGCAUUAAGAGAUUACUUAAUGAUUAAUGGCGGCUUGUACCAAGAGAUUGCUAAGAUUAACGCUGGCGCAGUUCAAGGGCUGCAGCCGAAAAUCAGCAUUUGGAGUAACGGAAACAAUGGUGAGAUAAAUGAUGGAGGUGGGGCAGGCAAUGCAAUGAAGGAGGUUGCUGGGGUUUACAAGAUGCUGCCACCGUUGUUUAAGACUGUUCAAGAGCAAACUGGAAUGCUGCCACCGGCAUGGAUGGGCACAUUAACCGACUCUAAGCCACUCUGA